AUGGACUUGUACACAUCAACUGGUUCUACCUGGGUUGUCACUUACGCAUGCACAGCUGCAAAACAGCAAUCGUUGGCAGCGCUACUGGGGAGCCAAUACCGAUAUUUUAGCAUCGCCCUCAUCGUAUACUACUGCCUCUCCUAUGCCUCGACCGCCUAUCUUACAUACCGCGUCACAUCUGCACUCGCUCCAAAGAGCUUUUACUCGUUCAACCUCAGGAUCUGUGCCACCGCUGUCCACCCAAAGAUUAUGGGCUUUGUAUGGAUCCCGAGCAUGGUGUUUGAGACUUCCAUGUUCCUCAUCACCAUCUUCAAACUCUAUCAGCAGCGGUCGGGCCCCCACGGUGCGAGUAUCGGCCUCAGCACCAACCUCUUUUACGUCCUCUUCCGCGAUGGAGCGAGUUAUUACAUCAUCAUCAUAAUGGCCCUACGGACAUGGAACCUCUUUGCGUGGGCAGCGUUGCCAAGUUCUCUGGCAUACACGGGAAUAUUUAUCCUCUGGAGCGUCAUGUCCAUCGCCGUCAUGCGUUUACAGCUCAACUUGAUCAAAGCUGCAGACCCGAGUGUAAUUCCAACGGGGCUGUCCAAGGGUCCAACGGAUGUAUCACUUUCUGCGCUCAACUCUGGUCAGGUCUCUGGUCAGAUUCACCGCUUUGUGGCUCCUGGAGGUAUUGGUAAUGGAAGACGAACUAACGAGCCGCCCUCGACAUUCUUCCAUGAUGAGGUGGACAUCUAUGGGGACUAUGCUUCAAAUGGUCCGCAAGCGAGGCGAUGGUACUGA